AAUUCAAUUUCAGUCUCCCUCGCUCACUCAUCCUUUAACUUGAUUAUUAACACACUUUCACGUGUAUUGUCUCUUUCUCUUUCUCUUUCUCUUUCCUCCCUUGCCUAUUUUCGUCUUCGAUUUUGCUUCAAGUUUUCCGACUUUAUUUUUUCUUUUUUACAAUAUUUAUUUAUAUCGUAUUUCUUUAAUUAAACUCAAAAAUCCCAAAAACAAAAUUAAAAAAAAUGGAGAAUAAUAAGAAGCCACAAAUAAGUUCAUCUUCAUCUCUUACUUCUCAGCUUUUUGGGUCUCAAGAAUCAUCAUCAUCUAAUGAUGUUCUUGCCUCCAUCUUCCCACCUUCAAAGGGGACGGGAAGGAAUUCUGCCUAUUCCGAGACCAGAGGAUCAUGGCAGAAGGACCCAUCUGGAAAUCAGACAUGGAAUAUUAAACAAGAUAACACGUAUAAACAAGGCGAUGCAGCUUAUGGUAGCUCGGGUAAUAAAGAAAGAGGUACGGUUUACCAACAAGAGGGAGGAGAACCAUGUUAUAUGAGCUCCUCUGUUUACUAUGGUGGGCGAGAAGUGUACGCGAAAUCAUCUGCUACUCAGACUUCCACUUCAUACCCUACAUUCAAGAAAGAUGGUGGAGAGGAUGAUCCAAGUGGUGUUUCAAGGGGAAAUUGGUGGCAAGGAUCACUUUAUUACUAGGAGUUUUCUGCUGCCCAAUUAGUAUUUGUGAAUAUUUUGGGUUUUAAGCUAUUACAAACAGACAAAGACACCAAACACACCCAUUACUCUUGGCCACUGGCCAUUUCAUGGGAUACACCUAUGAUCUUACUAUUACAUUCAAGACUCUACACUGCUGACACAAGACUCGACACUAUUGCAAAGAGACGCACAUAAAAACUUCUUCCUUGGACUAUAACGUUGGCUUUCUGUAUGUUAUAAUGAU